AUGGCACCCGUCGCGCCCAUGUGGUGGUUCAAGGAGGUCCCUGUCCAGCUCGAGACUUUUGUAGACACCCAGCACUCUGUCACACACAACGUACCCCGCCCGAGAAACAUCCCCACAUACUCGCUUGAGGACCACGGUGGUCAGCGCUUUGAAAACCAGGGCGGUGUCUUUGCCUUCCCGAACCAGUAUGCUAAAUCCGUCGCCUGGAGGACCAGAGCCAACGCUUCGGUCCUGGAGCUGAUCUCUCUUUCAGGGAAGGAGAACACGCCCACACGCCAGAUCUCCUUUCAAUUGCACGCGCCUAUUCUCUCAGGGAUCCAUAUCGCUCCUUUGACACAGCAUGGAGGGAUUGCCAUCGCCUUGCUGACGGCGGACAGCGUUCUCUAUCGACUACAUAUCUCGGCUCUCAGCCGCUUCUCGACCAGGGACAUGCCCGAGGAUUACUCAUCAGCAGUGCAGAUCAAGUGGCCGAAUAACAGCCUGCCUUUGUCCUUCCGUUAUUUGGGGGACAGACAAGCUGCCGUGACUGCAACCAACGGAGCCCUUUUUCUCAUCAAAUCUGCAUUACUCGCAGAAGACACCAAUCGACAUGAACAUGCAGAAGUCAAGGUGUAUGAUCUUCACGACGACUCGCAUCUUACCAACAGGAUCCAGCAUGUGUCCACCAUCCAAAAGAUCUGCUCUAAAUUCCAAUCAGUAUUUGAUCACAACCUAUCAGUCCCAGCUGGGUUCCCAGAGGCAAAGGCAUAUCUAGAUAUCAUGGCUAUGGAAACGUACACGACACACGACGACACGCUCUUGUUCACGCUCUAUCAGGACAGGACGAUCCGCGUAUGGUCGACAGGUCGCCGUCAGUGCAUGCAGGUCAUGAGAAGCACACCUUCCCCCAACGAAGCUGGAUAUAUGCAGGAGACUGUCGAAGGCGCUUCGCGAGCUCAUCUAGGAAUCUUAUUCAACCCGCUGAUGCCAUGGCUUCUCCGACUCUUGGUUUACAUCCCGACGGAGAAUGAUGCACAACUGUCCAUCUUCACUGCUCUCCUUGAUACGACAGAGGAUGUGGAGUUCGUUCCAGGAUCAGUCAGUACCAUUCGCAGGCAAUCAGCAGUAGGCCCUGGAAGCAGCCCAGUAAAUCUCGUUAGCAUGGACAUUAGUCUGAAUGAGAGCCAGACAGGAUAUAUGGUUUGGGGAUUAUGGGAGAGUGACAUGAGGAUAUCAGUCAAAUACAUCCAUAUCGACGACCACGCCCUGGACCGGGAACAUUUUCAUCAGCUUACCAAGCGAGACCUUCUGAACGGCCGUUGGUGGGCGGUAGCAAUGCAUACUCCGCCUAGUGGGUUCCUUAAGUCCAUGAGCGUCGUAGAUGACGCCGUUGAGGAUGUGUCAAAGUACUAUGCAGAAUACGUCUUUACGGCGGGUCGUUUCUCGGACAGGACUAUCAUGCUUGCGCUGAGCUCGCUUUUCAAGGAUCAGACUUUUACAUUCGAUUCGGAACUUCAGAUGCAUGUGAUGGAAGCCAUCUCGGGAGCAGUGGCACUGGCGUACGGAACUUCAGCGGCAGACACGAAGCGAUGCAGGCAGGAUGAAAUCAUGGCAUGGACGCGCUUCAUCUCCAGCUGUGCCAAACUGGAUUAUGAGGCCUCUUUACCCCUCAGUCUCUCGGUUGCAACGGACACAGGAUACGCGAUCAUUAUCAAACAGGACUCCCUAAGCUUUCUCACCGCGUGCGAUGAGUCCGAGAUUCUCUACCAUACCUUGCAGGAUGAGCAGUUCGAGGUCGCUCAUUUCAUCGCUACGCCUCCAUCGCAGCUUCGGAGUACAUACCCAAAAUUCCAGGACGCCACUUUGCGCCAGGACAUUUCCAAACUCUUCAACGCCAUGAGUUACUUGACUCGUGCGAUCACUACAGAAACAGCCAAGAAUUUGGAGACCACCAUCUCCUCACUCUCUGCUGCAAACGGGCCCAGGAAUUUUAUCGACAUCUUUUCUCAGGCACAUCUCCCUCAAUACAUCGCCAAGACGGACAUGAACAGAGCCAGGAACCUCCUUUCUUCAUGCAAAGCGCCGACAGAUGCCAUUAAAUCGGUCCUCUUGCAACUUCUUUAUAAUGCGGACAGCAGCUCAUCAGGACUGGCCUCAAAACGCUGCAUUCUUCCAUACGAAUCCCUUGUAGCUGCCAGUAUCCAGCAAGUUGCAACCCACCGAUACACAAUUGCCCAGAAUCUCCUGAUCCUUGUCACGGUGAUCUUCAGUAAAGCAGCAUCGUCCAGGCCAUGGAUUCAGGAAGAGACUCAGCUCAUUUCCGACGCAAUACGUAUUACCCAGUCGCUGCUGGUACUAAAGUGGAUCUCCAACCAGGCAAUUUCGUCAACAAAAUCUGCGACUACAGGAUUAGAGCAGCAACUUUCGCAGAUGCAAGUCCAGGAUGCUAGCCUCAUCAGCACACAGCUCUCUCAUCGGCAAACCCUGACAGGCUCGCUCUUAAAGACAAUGGCUUCUGAGGCUGGCAAGUAUGGCGCUGUCGAAUUCCCGAUAUAUCUUGCCAUUCCGCGCGCUGUUUCAAAGUUCUUGUACCAGAUCGGCAUUCUUAAUCAAGGGCAAGAGGACGGAUCUAGGUACCACGCUGGACUGGCGCAGCGACUUUCGAGCAUAGGCGAGAUGACGCUGCUGUCGCAGUUCUUGGAUAUUGUGCCAACUACGUCGUCGCUAUCGUACUACCGAGGAAAAGUGUUACUAAGCCAGGGUCAACCAGCAAAGGCACUUGAUCAAUUCAUGGUUGUCACAGCAAGUUUUGGCAAUGAUGUCAAGAGUGUGGAUAUUGAGCUGGACAUCAUGCAAUUGGACUAUCCAACUCGAACGAGUCGAGGACACGCUAGGCUCGAGGACUAUUACAACCAUGUGAUUAACCUGUUUGCAGAGAAAGAGGCCCACGAACAAGUUAUUGUCGUUGCCAGAUUGGCGUUGAUUGACCUGUUGAAUAAUGAGAAGACCCAAGUCAUGGAAACUCAAGUCCGAAUGCUGUUGGCAUACAUCUUUUCGUCUGCAAUGUCCGUUGGCCUCUACGAGCACGCGUUCAACGCCAUGAUGCAGAUGUCCAACGAAGCUGCACGCAGGCAAUGGCUACGAACUUUUGUGUCCAAUGUUUGCGAGAACGGCGAUGGUGCGAAGCUGGCAUUAUUCCCCUUCAAUGGGCUUCAGGACGAAGUUGAACGAAUGCUUCAGCUGAGAGCUGAACAAGGGGCGAUUCUCUCCAGACCAGACAACUACAACAUUCUGUAUGCGUAUUAUGUAUACAGAGGGGACCACAGAAAUGCCGCGACCAUCAUGUGUCAGUAUGCUCGGAGACUUUGCGAUACCUCGAAUCAGACAGAAUCUGUCCUUGCGCUGUUGUCUGCAGCAAGCUGUGCGUACCUGGCCGCGAUUAAUACACUCUAUCUUGCUGGACCUCAAUACACUUGGGUUGCCAUCUCAAACAAAGACUCAGAAUCAGAGCGUACAAAGAGACGGAAAUUGAGCUCUUCAGUCAAUGGCCAUUCGUCGCCAAGCAGUAAGCAGCGUACAAGUGUACCAAGCAAACUUGAGGUCGUUCAGCUGUCGGACAUCAAGAAGGAAUAUGCCUUAACUGAAGCGAAGCUGAAGCUCGUCAAAGAGAUCCCAAGCGACGUGGUAACAGCUGCCUUGACCAUGUCCGCACGGGAAGCGCAAAUCAUGCUUGCUCGUUUGGGAUAUUAUGACGAUGCUGCGGCGUUGGGGCUACUUCACAAUCUGGAUUUGGACGUCGUAUUUAAUGUCCUUGUGGAUAGAUAUUUAGCCGCCUUGGGACUUGAACAAGACGAACUUCUCGGAAAGGGCGGGUUACAGGUGGCGAACAGCGCCCACGUGGACAGGACGCGUUCUGCUGCUGCACUUCAGACCUUGCAAUCGUACCUGGAGCGCCAUGAUGAUGCUGCCUCGAACUACAAGUACAGGUUAGGCGUGGUGGAGAGAAUUCUCACUCGGAACCCAGAUUUCGACUUGCCACCCUGGCUGACGCUGCAUUAUCGGGCCCAUAACCCUGAGGACUUGAUUCGCCUCUAUUUAAGAUUCGGUGCACUGGAGGCUGCAGCAAAGUUUGCAUCAGUCGCUAUUGAUGCUGCGAUGAAAAAGGACGAGCUGGUUCCAAGGCACUCAAAUGCACGUUGGUUGCCAUACUCAUUGCUGGAUGGGAUCUUUGAGAGUUUGAAGGAGCAGAUCAAUGAAACGCAGGAGCGAGUCGCGAAGAAAUCUAGCCCGACACAGGAUGCCAAAUUGAAGAGGCGACUAAUGGAUUUGAAGGACAUCAAGUCGAAAUUAGAUGAGGAUGUGCGGCAAUAUUUGGAGAAUGUGGAGCGUGAAUCGAUCUUUUGA